UUGCAAGCCAUGGACUGAGUUACUACAAAUUGUAAAAUUCACUGUGGUGACAUUUGAGACACUGCACUUAGAAAUGGAAGUAAAAGAUUCCCAUAUCACAGAACGACCAAAAAUGAAAGUGUGCAUGAAAGAAUGAGGUGUCAAGCGUUUACUCCAUGAUGAAGAUUGCAGUGACUUAGUUGGAAGUUGGGAGUUGGUUCCCAAGUGCAAUCUCUUAUUGCCAAAGAAAACCCAACAAGAAUCUCAUGUGGGCACUUCAUAAUGUUAACAAGAGAGAAAAAAUUGUACUAAAAGCAGUGCACGCAAAGUUCAUUAUCUGACAGAUUGCCAAAGCAGGAAAAUAAGGAGACCUAUUUUAUUGUCUUUAUACUGAUACUGUCUCAUUCUCAUCUCAUUUCUUCCAUCUCUCAUUUAUGAACCAUUGGUGAGUUUAAUUUAGAUUUGACUAGAUAUAAGAAGACCCAUAACACAUUUUCAAAUUGUAUACUAUUUUCUCUGCAAAGUUUGGUAAGCAUAGUUAAUUCCAUCUUAAAUGUUUCACGCAGAUGAUAUCCUUUUCUAACAGAUACUAACGAGCACCUAUACUACUGCAUGUUUAUGUGUGUGUGUAUAUAUAUAUGUAUGACCAUCACAAAAUAGUAGUGGGUGAAAUGGAGAUAGAGGAGGUUAAGAAUUGUGGUGGUGGUAUUGAAGGUGGUAGUGAUAUGGAGUCAGGUUUAGUAAGAGUUGGAGACCAUGGGGUGAUGUACUUGGUAUGGGAAUAUUUGACAGUGGUGCUACCAAGUUUCAGAAAUGGAGGAACUACAAGGAGGUUGCUUAAUGGGCUUAGUGGUUAUGCUGAGCCUGGUAAGAUCACAGCUAUUAUGGGUCCUUCUGGGUCUGGGAAAUCCACCCUUCUUGAUGCACUGGCAGGUAGACUGCCCGAAAAUGUUAUGAAGACUGGAAAUAUCAUAUUGAACGGGAAAAAGAGGAGACUAGACUAUGGCGGAGUAGCUUACGUGACCCAAGAAAACACACUGUUGGGAACUCUCACCAUAAGAGAAAGCAUAACAUUCUCAGCCCAUCUGAGGCUGCCAAGUAUCAUGACCAAAGAAGAGAUCAAUGACAUAGUCGAGAGAACAAUCACAGAAAUGGGUCUCCAAGAUUGCAGUGAUAGGACAAUUGGAAAUUGGCAUUUAAGAGGGAUAAGUGGGGGGGAGAAGAAAAGACUAAGCAUUGCACUUGAAAUCCUAACUAGGCCAAGUCUCCUGCUCUUGGAUGAACCUACUAGUGGCCUAGACAGUGCCUCAGCUUUCUUUGUGGUCCAAACCCUGAGAAAUAUUGCAGUUGAUGGCAGAACUGUUAUUUCCUCCAUUCACCAGCCAAGUAGUGAAGUUUUUGCACUCUUCGACAAUCUUUUUCUGCUUUCAGGUGGUGAAACAGUUUAUUUUGGAGAAGCAAAAUUGGGUGCAAAGUUCUUUGCUGAAGCUGGAUUCCCAUGCCCAAGUCGAAGAAAUCCUUCUGAUCACUUCCUACGUUGUACAAAUUCAGACUUUGACCUUGUGGCUGCAACUCUGAAAGGAACUCACAGGGAUGUUCAUAUUACAUCAGAUCCAUUGGCAAACCUAACAACAUCAGAGAUCAAAGCAACUCUAGUCAACAAAUAUAGAAACUCACAAUGUGCAGCUAAGGCAAGAACAAGAAGACAAGAAAUUUUAACUAUUGAAGGGCUUGUGAUUGACAGAAGAGGAGGCAGUCAGGCAAGUUGGUUGAAGCAACUUUCAGCUCUGACAAAGAGAUCUUUCAUCAACAUGUGGAGAGACUUGGGAUAUUAUUGGUUAAGGAUAGUCAUCUAUAUAGCCUUAUCUGUUUGCGUCGGUUCCAUCUUCUUUGAUAUUGGAAGAAGUUACUCUUCAAUCUGGUCUCGUGGAGCUUGUGGUGCAUUCAUCUCAGGAUUCAUGACAUUCAUGUCCAUUGGAGGCUUCCCAUCCUUCAUUGAAGAAAUGAAGGUUUUCUGUCAAGAAAGGCGAAAUGGGCAUUAUGGGAUUGGUGUUUACAUUUUGUCAAACUUCAUCUCUUCGUUUCCGUUCUUGACGGUUAUGUCAUUUGCUACAGCAACUAUCACUUUCUAUAUGGUGAAAUUUCGACCCGAAUUUUCACAUUUUGUGUAUAUCUGCCUUGACCUUACAAGCUCCAUAGCAGUGGUAGAAGGCUGCAUGAUGACGAUAGCUUCCCUGGUUCCCAACUUCUUGAUGGGAGUCAUUAUAGGAGCUGGAUUUAUUGGUAUUAUGAUGAUGACAUCUGGGUACUUCCGGUGGCUUCCUGAUCUUCCCAAGACUUUCUGGCGUUACCCGAUUUCAUACAUCAAUUAUGGAGCAUGGGCACUGCAGGGUGCAUACAAGAAUGAUAUGAUAGGAAUUGAGUUUGAUCCUUUAGUACCUGGUGGUCCAAAACUGAAAGGCGAGAUUAUUCUCUCGACCAUGCUCGGGAAGAACGCAGAACAUUCAAAGUGGUGGGAUUUAGCUGCUGUCGUAGUCAUCCUCAUCUCUUUCAGACUCCUGUUUUAUGCCAUUCUAAAGUUCAAGGAGACAGCUUCACCUUGGUUAUGGAGACUUUAUGCCAAGACAACUCUACAAAAUCUGAAGAAGAGUCCAUCUUUUAGAAAAAUACCAUCCUUUCCUUCCAAGCGGAACCAAACCAUCCAUUCCUUGUCUUCUCAAGAAGGCCUGAACUCUCCCAUGCACUAG